AGUUUUACAUGCUCUCAAGUUUAAUUGAAGUCCCCUUGCAGCUUAUAACUGAAGCACAUCAUCAUCCUUCUUUUGUUUCAGUCUCAAACCAUGUCUCCGGUUUGGUGACUCAUCUUCCUCUCUUGUGUAGGAGCAGAUGGCCUGCAAUGGAAUGGCCUCCUCCUCCUCCUCCUCCUUCCCCUCAAACUUCUUGUUCCAAAUGCAGACUCCCUAUGAGGAAGACAGUCACCUCGUCCCCCCUUCCAAUUCCUUCCUUUCACCCAAUCUUCAAGGGAUGAGUCCGUUGCUGGGGAAGAGGUGUAUGUCCUAUGAUGAGAUGCUGAAUGAGGAUGAGUUGUCGGACGACGGGUCGGCGGUGGGGGAGAAGAAGAAGAGGCUGAACAUAGAGCAAGUGAGGACAUUGGAGAGGAACUUUGAGUUGGGGAACAAGCUUGAGCCUGAGAGGAAGGUGCAGCUGGCCAAGGCACUCGGCCUGCGGCCCAGGCAGGUAGCCAUUUGGUUCCAGAACCGGAGGGCGAGGUGGAAGACCAAGCAAUUGGAAAAGGACUAUGAUGUGCUCAAGAGGCAGUUUGAAGCUAUCAGGGCAGAAAAUGACUCCCUUCUUGUUCAAAACAAGAAGCUUCAAGCUGAGAUUUUGGCACUCAGAGGCAGAGAAACACCCGACCUCACCAUCAAUCUCAACAAGGAAACUGAAGGUUCUUGCAGCAAUAGAAGUGAGAACAGCUCAGAGAUCAACUUGGACAUCUCGAGAAAACCGGUCGUCGAAAACCGACUGCCUCCUCACCCAAUUUUGCCUUCCUUGCAAUCACUCAAUCAACCUGAGAUAGACCAGUUCCUGCACCACUCCUGCAAGCCAGAGUUACAGAGCCCGAAGGUUGAGAACGAUGCCCCAGAAACCUGCUUCGGCAACUUGCUCUGCAACAUGGGAGAUCAAUCUGUAUUCUGGCCAUGGCCAGACCACCACAGCUUCCAUUAGUCUCCAUUCAUGGUGAAUUGUGAAAAUUACUGCUGCAUUGACACUGGUUAUAUUUAUUACAUUGUUUUGCAAACUUAUCUUCGGAGUUUUAAGCCAUUGAUGUAGGUAGGAAAAUGUCACUUCUUGUGAGAGAGGGACUUCGUAAGGAAAUAAAUAAAAAAAAACAUCUUUGAUGCUUGUAGAUCUUUCCAUUCUUGAGAUCUAAAAAGAUGGUCGACUUUAAAUCUGUGCUUAUACGUGGGAAUAUACUGCAGAAACUUGAUCA